UUGAAAAGUUGAUUUCUAUUAUUUGUUUUUGGCUAUCACCGUGGCAAUUGCCCCUGUUAACCUACGAACCGGUUGCCGAUUGAAACUGAGAGUUAAGUUCCGCACCGGAAUGAAGUACCCGAGUUUUGCUUUUGUGUGUGUGUGUAGUUGAGAAGCAUUGCUAUAAAAAAAAGAACCAAAAACAGCGUCCCGCUCGUUUAGUUAUCAGUGCCGGAUGAGGCGGAUUUCUGAAUAUUGUCAUGUCAUGCUUUUGUUUAGCGAAUAGACUUGGCAAUUCGGUGCAAACAAGUGUUACGAAGCGGUUUAUGUUGAACCAUUAGAGGGCGCUAACAGACUCUACACAAACUGCUAAUGCACUGAUGAGUCGAAAACGAAACAUAAAAAUUUGAAUACAGAUUGACCAACAUGUGAAAGAUUUAAAGUCAAUUAAUUCAUGCUCUAAUGGAUCCUAGUUCGAAGGGGAAAUACAAUACUUUUCCGUACCCAGUCGAACAAUUUCUCCGUCGAAACUAGAGAUUUCUUCUGAGCAUGUGCAAGAGGAUUUAUGUGUUCGGUGCCUGAUUUCUACCUAGUUUAAAGCCGGUCGAUUCGGAAUCAACAUUUCAGUCCAGUCGCAACACAACAAUGACGGUGGCAAAGAAGUGGAUUUAUGCCCGUGCCUUUUCCGGUUUACCCACGGCGGAAGAUUUCCGCCUGGAAGAGGAAACCCUUGAGCAGAUUCAGGAUGGUGAAUUCCUAGCGGAAGCCAUCUUCAGCAGUGUCGAUCCGUAUAUGCGCAUUUAUAUGGCGCAGUAUCCGGUCGGAUCGGUAAUGAUUGGUGGACAGAUUGCGAAAGUUUUGGAAAGUAAAAAUCCGAACUUCCCGGUGGGAAGCUACAUCCAUGGAAACUUCGGCUGGCGAACGCACACCGUUUGUAAUCCGGACAAAACCGAGCCUCACUGGGUGCCGUACGUGUUGCCGGAUUUUGGCAAGGAGCCACUUUCGCUCGGUCUGGGAGUGCUUGGAAUGCCGGGAAGUACGGCGUAUUUUGGUUUUCUGGAAAUCUGCAAACCAGUGCCGGGCGAAACGGUGGUGGUUAGUGGAGCUGCGGGUGCAGUCGGUAGCAUCGUGGGGCAGAUUGCAAAAAUCAAGGGCUGUCGGGUGAUCGGAUUGGCCGGAUCGGACAAAAAAUGCGAGUGGCUCAAGACGAUCGGAUUCGAUCAGGCCAUCAACUACAAAACGGCCGACAUAGCGAGCGAGUUGAAGCUGGCCGCUCCGAAGGGAGUCGAUUGCUACUUCGAUAACGUGGGAGGACUGAUCACGGAGAUCGUACGCGGUCAGAUGAACAGCUUCGGUAGGAUUUCCGUCUGUGGGACGAUUUCGUGUUACAAUGCGGAAAAGGCCAAGGUUACCGAUCCUCAGCGGGACUACGUUUGGAAGCAGCUGCGGCAGGAAGGUUUCAUCAAUUGGCGCUGGAAUGACCGCCGGUUGGAGAUGAUAGAGCAGAAUCUUCGAUGGAUCCGGGAAGGAAAGCUGGUAUACCAGGAAACGGUCACCGAAGGGUUCGAAAAUAUGCCGGCGGCAUUCAUCGGGAUGCUGUCCGGUGAGAACACUGGCAAAGCGAUCGUUAAAAUAUAAAGUCGGAACAAUUUUGUUUACAUUGUAUGAAAGCUAAUAAAAGUAUAUUUUUGCUUAUUCGA